AUGUUUUAAAAAAAGAAAGAGAUGAAAAUAAUGAUGGUUUCGAAUAGAAAUAUGAUAGAGGAAAUAAAGCAGUAUAUUUAAAAUAAGUUUGAUAUAAUAAUUAUUUGUAAUAGAUAUGAUGACAUUUUGAAUAGUAAAAAAAUGAGAGAGUUAGAUAAGGCAGAAUAGUCCAUAAAUUGA